AUGAGUUUGGCAACCGUGUCUCCGAUCGACAACCUUGUUGGGUGUCGCAAGAGGAGCCGAGGUUUGGUUUCCGACCUGGGAUUCAUACAGGACAAGACCAAGAGGCCCAAGACAGAAACUGAUCUGGGAAUUCAACAAGAUGCGAGAUUGGCCGGUGAUGAACUUUCCAGCGUGAGAUUUGGGUACAUCAGGAAGGGUUUGGGGCUUAGUGAUGACGUAAUCAACCGAUUACGCAACGAGAUCACUAGAAACCUAUUGGUGAAGCAUAAGAAACUUCAUUUGGUUCUCGAUCUCGACCACACCCUGCUGAAUACCACUUACAUUGACAAGAUGUCACCGGAAGAAGAAUAUCUGAAGGCUGAUCAUUCUCUGCAGGAUGUUCACAUUGCGGGAAGUCAAAGUCAAUUGAUGACCAAGUUGAGACCGCAUGUCAGGACAUUUUUAGAGCAAGCCAGUGAAAUGUUUGAGCUCUCUAUAUCCACAAUGGGCAGUGGAGGCUAUGCGCUUCAAAUGGCUAACUUGCUUGACCCUGCAAAUCAAAUGUUUGGUGGUAGCAUCAUAUCGCGAAGCGAUGGCACGGUAAACAAGCAAAAGGGGCUAGAUGUUCUGCUUGCCCGACCUUCCGCUGUUGUGAUCCUUGAUGAUAAGAAACAGAUGUGGAGAAAUGAGGACCAGGCGAAUGUAAUAGAAUUGCCAAGAUACCAUUUCUUUAGGUCCAGUUUACAGAAGUAUGGUCUCAGUGAUGCCACGCCUUACUCUGAGUCCAAGACCGAUGAACGUGAUCCGCUUGGAAGAGCUUAUCUGGCAACUGUACUCCAAGUUCUUAAGCAUAUCCACAACAUAUUCUUCAAUGCAGUGGAGUUAGAUGGGUGUGAACUUAUCGACAGAGAUGUUAGGCCUGUUUUGGAAAGGGUAAAAAAGGCUUCAAGGGCUGCAAGUAAAAUUGUUUUCAGCCCUGUCAUCAGUUGA